AUGGGGAAACUCAUCAAGAACCAUUGGGCCCGUCUUAUCGUCCUCACUGCCGCCACAUACCAAGUCCUGGCCAGCCUCGAAGGCUUCUUCUGGCCCAAGAUCUUCUGGGACUUCCUCACCAAGAACCUCGACGGAGCCGUCAAACCCUUUCCCGUCUUACAAAUCAUCAAUCUCAUCAUGGCAUUCAUGAGCCUUGCGUGGGAAUGGCCGCUCGCUCCGGUCGUCAAGUUGCUGCCGGGUCUCCAUAGGAGCAUGGAAGCCAGAUUGGUGGUGUAUCCCUUGGCAGCUCUGGCUGCAGCCAUCAUGUAUCAAUCGACCAAUGCGGCAUUAUACUACAUUGUUGGCGUGGUUGUAUACUUUUGGGCUUACUCAGAAGGCGAGACCGUCUGUCCAGAACCUUGGACUGUACCGAAGAAAGGAGGUGCAAAGCCUGGCCGGGUAUGA